AUGGCUGUCCUUUUCGUCUCCCUGAUAUCCCUGCUGGUGUCGAUGGCUGCUGCACAAGCACCGGCCAUCGAUGUCGCCAGUCCCACGGCUGAUCCCACUCCCCAUGGCCCUACCAUGAAAGGAAUCGCAGCCAAUUGCAAUAGAUAUUACACGGUCCACCAGGGUGAUACCUGCUACGCGGUUGAGAAGACCUUCGGACUCACCCCCAAACAAUUCCAACAGUGGAAUCCGGCUGUCUCCUUGGACUGUACAGUCAACUUCUGGCCUGGUUAUGCAUACUGCGUGGGUAUAGGGUCUGUGGUUCCUACUUCGACUUCAACUUCAAUACAGACAUCAACGUCAACAUCAACAUUGACUUCGACUUCAACCUCUACAGUUGAUCCGGCUCCCCAUGGACCAACCAUGACAGGAAUCCCGGCUAAUUGUAAUCGAUGGUAUACUGUUCAUCAGGGCGAUACCUGCUAUGCGGUUGAGAAGGCCUUCGGGCUCACUACCCAGCAAUUCCAGCAGUGGAAUCCAGCCGUGUCCCUGGACUGUACGGUCAAUUUUUGGCCCGGUUAUGCAUACUGCGUGGGCGUUGGGCCGGUGUUUUCGACUCCAACUACCUCCACAACUGCUCCCCCCUCGACAACCACCGUUCCCAUCACUUCCUCGACCACUACUUCCUCGACCAUCACUACUUCCUCCAGCACAACUGCAAUUAGCAGCACGACCUACUCAGUCCGCAACCCCAUCACCUCCCAAAACAUGACUGCCACUUCUAUCGAUACUCAGUGGCCUCCAACCAAAACCCAGACUGGCCAGCCCACCUCCUGUGAUAAAUGGCAUCUUGUCGGCCCGGAAUGGAACCCCCAGCUCAAGUCAGACUGCGACUAUCCCUUCACCGGCUACUGGGUGUGUGUGGGCAUCAAACGUCCAGCCCUAACACUGGUCUACCCCACUGGCACUGACCCAGUCUACAUCCCCGAUCCCACUCCCUGGACUCCCCAUCCCAUUCCAACGGACAACUCCACAACCGUCUAUCCUCCCACUCACACUCAGCCCGGUCUCUCCCCAAGCUGUUCGGUUUUCUACGAAGCCAAGCCGUCCGACAGCUGUACUCAAAUUCUCGCCAGUAAUCCUCUUCUCAAGCCUGCUCUUCUUUACGACUGGAACCCAGCCCUCCAUCCAGACUGCUCCGGCCUCCAACCAGGCUACUUCUACUGUAUCGCAGCCUACAACAGCUCGACCCUGCCAUUCCCGCCUACAGUCACAAAUCAGCCCUACCCAACAAAGCCAUCCACGGCCAAGAACUGCACGGGCUGGUACCUGAAGGAGGACGGGGAUAUUUGCUCCCUGAUCCUGGCUAUGUUCGGCACGUUUGACCAGGCACAGUUCGUGGCGUGGAACCCGGAUGUUGGUAAAGAGUGUAUCGCUCUCGAGAAUGGGUACUAUUAUUGCAUCUCCGAUGCCAACACCCCCACCACCCGCAUCAGACCUAUCCCCACGACGUCCAUCCCCACGGCAUUUCCCAGCCAGCCAGCCGUGAACAAAGCAUGUAAUAAGUGGUGGCUAGUUUCACUAUCCAGCACAUGUUUCCAAAUCGCUCACAGGAGCGGCAUCACAAUGGAAGACCUGUUGAUCUGGAACCCCGAUAUCUCAGGAAAGAGAACCUGUGAUGAGGGAUUAGUCCCAGAUACAGAGAUCUGCGUGGGGGUCGCGAUUAGUUCAACCAGCACGGGUGCUGUCAUUACCGAUAGUGAAAGUGCGUCUGCGCCUGUGUCGUCACUAAGUAGUUCGACCCGUCCCCUGUGA